GCCUCCCUCCCUCUCUCUCCGCUUACAGUAGUGCUAUCUAUCUUCCACUCGAAUCGCAGUCUCUCUGUCAGUAUCCACGAUAUGAGCGCUAUAAUGGCGCGAAACAUGGUACCUCUGCGUCCGAAAGGAACAGUUUCAGCGCACCUGUGCCGGGCUGUGUUUAUCGCCUCGGUUUGGAUGUCACUGAUGGGACCCGUGCGAUGUGACAGCCGGAGCGACACGGAUCGUAUGCUUGACAGCGGUGGCGGUAUAGGCAUAGACAGGAGAGACGGAAUGUUCGGACAGGACUUGGGUGAUAAUGGUAUGGACAUGGAAUCCCGGCGCUUCAGGAGAGCUCUAUCCCAAGAGAAAGUGUCCCUGCUCAGCAGCUCGUUCGUGCUCAAAGGGGAUGCCACUCACAACCAGGCGAUGGUUCACUGGACGGGGGAGAACAGCAGCGUCAUUCUCAUCCUGACCAAGUAUUACCACGUCGACUCCAGCAAGGUCCUGGAGAGCUCCCUCUGGAGAUCCAGUGACUAUGGCACCACCUACACAAAGCUCAACCUGAUGCCUGGUACAACCAUCGUGGUCUCUAACUUCUAUAUCUGCCCCACCAACAAGAAAAAGGUGAUCCUGGUGAGUUCGUCCAUUAACGAGCGGGACCAGUUGCUGUUCAUCAGUACAGACGAGGGCUCCUCUUUCCAGCGCCAGCCCCUCUCCUUCACUGCUGAGACCCUCCUCUUCCACCCUAAGGAGGAGGACAAGGUGCUGGCUUACUGCAAGGAGGGCAAGCUCUACGUGUCCAUGGAUUUGGGCCGGAAGUGGACUCUAAUGCAGGAACGAGUAACCAAGGGCAGAAUAUUCUGGUCUGUGGCUGGUGUAGAUGUGGACCCUGACUUGGUGCAUAUGGAGAUGCAGGACACAAGUGGAGGGUACCUGUAUGUAACCUGUCUGAUCCAGAACUGCUCAGACAAGACCGUAACGGCUCAGUUCCUGGGGAAGAUUGACCACAACUCUCUCUCAGUCCAGGACGACUACAUAUUUGUCAAGGUGACCACAGGAAACCGCACCAAGCACUACGUCUCAUACCAACGGAACGAGUUUGUCCAGAUGAGUUUCCCUAAAUACGCCCUACCAAAGGACGUCCACAUAGUGAGUACGGAUGAGAGCCAGGUGUUCCUGGCCCUGCAGGAGUGGUACCAGACAGACAGCUACAACCUGUACCAGUCGGACCCGCAGGGCGUUUACUACUCCGUCGUGCUGGAGAACGUCCGCAGCGCCAAGCAGCCGGAGGAGAGCGUCGUUAUAGACAUACUGGAGGUGCGCGGGAUCAAGGGGGUCUUCCUGGCCAAUCAGAAGGUGGAUGGCAAAGUGCGGACUCUCAUCACCUAUAACAAAGGCCGAGACUGGGAACCGCUAGCUCCGCCUACUACUGACAUGAACGGAAAACCGGUCAACUGCAAAUCACCUGACUGUCACCUCCACCUCCACCUGCGCUGGGCUGACAACCCCUACGUAUCAGGGACCGUUCACACCAAAGACUCCGCCCCCGGACUCAUCAUGGGCGCAGGUAACUUGGGUUCCCAGCUGGUGGAGUAUAAAGAAGAGAUGUACAUCACCUCUGACUGUGGGAAGACCUGGAGACAGGUGUUUGAGGAGGAGCAUCACAUCCUGUACCUGGACCAUGGAGGGGUCAUCGUUGCCAUCAAAGACACCUCCAUCCCUCUCAAAAUACUCAAGUUCAGUAUUGAUGAGGGACGCACCUGGACCAUCCACAACUUCACAAGCACCUCAGUGUUCGUGGACGGACUUUUGAGCGAGCCGGGAGAUGAGACGUUGGUCAUGACGGUGUUCGGUCACAUCAGCUAUCGGUCAGACUGGGAGCUGGUCAAGGUGGACUUCAGACAGUCAUUCCCCAGACAAUGUACAGAGGGAGACUACGACUCCUGGAAACUCACAGAUCUGCAGGGAGAGAAGUGCAUCAUGGGUCAGGAGAGAAGUUUCAGGAAGAGGAAGGACACUGCGUUCUGUAUCAAGGGGAGGAGCUACACCUCCGCCCUGACUACCAAGCCCUGCCAGUGCUCCGAGAAAGACUUCAACUGUGACUAUGGGUUUGAACGUGCCCAGAGCCUCAAAACAGAGGGAGAUAGAUGCUUCGCUGACUUCUGGCACAACCCAGACUCACCGCCUGACGACUGUCACCAGGGACACAACUUUGAGUCCAGUACUGGGUACAGGAAGGUUGUGUCCAACUUGUGUGAAGGGGGAGUGAACAAGCAGCAGAGCGCCAAGCAGCACACCUGUCCUCUGCUGCCGCCCAGAGGCCUCCAGCUGGGCAUCAAAGGACAGAUGCUGGCUGUGGCGCCUGGUGAUGACAUCACCUUCAUUGUCCACCAGGAGCAGGGUGACACCAGCAGCACUAAGUACCAGGUGGAUCUGGGGGACGGGAUGAGGGCCAUCUACCAGAACCUGACGGUGACAGACGAACCCAUCCAGCACCGCUACGAACAGCAGGGAGUCUACCGCGUCACCGUCAAGGCUGAGAACGUUGCCGGACACGAUCAGGCCACCAUAUAUAUCCAGGUCACAGCCCCUCUACAGGAAGUUCACCUAGAAGUAGUUCCCAUCGCCGGGAUUAACCAGGAAGUCAACCUGACAGCUGUGGUGCUUCCCUUUGAGGCCAACCUGACUGUCUUCUACUGGUGGACAGGAGACAACCUGCAGCCCAAGAUGUCCCUGGGGAACAGUCUGAUAACGAGGUUCCCUGAGGAAGGAGAGGUGUCUGUCACCGUCCAGGCCUCUAACGGACGCUCCAUGGUGCAGGACACCAAGAACGUCCACGUCUACGACCGUUUCCAGGUCAUCCCCCUUGCCUUCAGCAGUAACCUGGACCGCCUCAACCCCAACAUUCCAGAGUGGAGGGAGGACGUGGGUCAGGUGGUCACCAAGAUAUUGUCAAAGAUCACAGGUAUCCCCCAGGUGUCCCUGGUAACCAUGGUGAAGCGGGGCCUGCCCACCACAGCUGACCUGUACGUUCUCCCACCAGAGAGCCAGCGUGAUAAGAGGAGCGUGUUUGUGGAUAAGCGUAUCCCUGCCAUCAAACAGGCCUUCAAAGACAACAACGUUAGCUUCAUUGUACGAGGAGGUCUACAGGUGUUGGUGACGCUAGCUGACCCGAACGCAGGUUCUCAGGGUGGAAUGGCAGGUCCUGGAGUCUGGGCUCUGUCUGUCAUCUUCCUCAUCAGCCUCCUCGCUACUGGAUCCUUCAUCCUCUACAAGUUCAAGAGAAAGCUGCCCGGCCGGAAUGUGUACGCCCAGAUGCACAAUGAGAAGGAGCAGGAGAUGACCAGCCCUGUCAAUCACAGUGAGGACACGCAGCACAUCAUCCAGGGGGAGGAGUUUAUCGACGACGAUCUGGACUCACAGACUCUAGGUAACACAGAAGGUAACCACUCGGGCGUGGUGCUGAGCAUCAACUCCAGAGAGCUGCACAGCUACCUGACCAGCUGAUGGCUGAACACAGACACGCUAAUCAGCUAGCCAUGCUAACGAGCACAGGGAACUCUAAUCUGCCUUCCUCCUCUGUCGCUCCGUCUGACCAACCAAUCCACCGCUCCCCGUACAGAGGAAGAGAGAAAGCACCACAGUACUACAGUCUAGCAUUAGUCCCUCUCUGUCCUCUCCUCUCUGAUUCCUCUCCACGGCCCCUUGCUCCCUCGUUUCCGUCUCUCGCUCAGAGGGACACAUAUCCUCCGUUCUGCUUGUCUCUCUAUCCUGUCCUCCACUGCGUUACUGUAACAUCGGGGGUGUGGGCCAACUCUGCUUUUUACCCAGUGUCCUUUGCACCCAGUGUCCUUUGCACCCAGUGUCCUUUGCACCAGUGUCCUUUGCACCAGCGUCCUUUGCACCCAGUGUCCUUGUGUCCUUGUACCCAGUGUCAUGACUGCUCUGUGUGUUCUCAUUGGCUAAACCCCUCGGAGAAUGAUUGGACGCCACCCAGUGAGGAAAGAGAAAUCCGGUGAAAUCACAGAGAACGCCCCGCCUACUGGCCCGCUAUUUAGAACGCUCAGGACUGUAAGACUCGUCUUUCACUGACCCUCAGCAGGUAGUUUCCAGAUACGGGGCAUUUGGAAAGUAUUCAGACUUCUUGACUUUUUCACAAUGUUGUUACGUUCCAGCCGUUUUCUAAAAUGGAUUGAAUAGUUUUUUUCCCCUCAUCAAUCUACACACAAUACCCCAUAAUGACAUCACAAUACCCCAUAAUGACAUCACAAUACCCCAUAAUGACAUCACAAUACCCCAUAAUGACAUCACAAUACCCCAUAAUGACAAAGCAAAAACAGGUUGUAUUUUUUUUUGCAACAUAGAUAUUCAGACCCUUUACUCAGUACUUUGUUGAAACACCUGUGGCAGUGAAUACAGCCUCGAGUCUACUCGGGUAUGACGCUACAAGCUUGGCACACCUGUAUUUGGGAGUUUCUCCCAUUCUUCUCUGCAGAUCCUC